AUGAGUUACAUCAUACUGGGUACUGUAUACGCUGCACGUGCCGGCAAUAAUCUUUAUGGCACGGACGUAGAAGUGGAUUAUCGAGGAGAGGAGGUUACGGUAGAGAACUUCAUACGUUUGUUGACUAAUCGACACCAUCCAGCUACACCCCGAUCAAAACGUUUGUUAACGGAUCAUCAGAGCAAUGUGUUGAUUUACCUUACUGGUCAUGGUGGUGAUAGUUUCUUAAAGUUCCAAGAUGCAGAAGAAUUAACAAAUGUUGAUCUUGCGUACGCAAUUCAAACUAUGUACGAGGAUAACAGGUAGUG